AAUGAGAUGAGCCCACAGGAUGGCUGAGUGAACGCUCACUCUGUGCUGACUUACAGUCCUGCGUGCAUGCUGAAGUGAAGUCAUGGCUCAUAAAUCAAUCUACGAUUUCUCUGCCGAGACUCUGGAUGGGGUUUCUGUUCCACUCAGUAACUACAGGGGUAAGGUGCUUCUCAUCGUCACUGUUGCCACCUUCUGAGGGUCAACAAUCGUGGAGUACCACCGACUGAAUGCACUGAUGGAAAUGUUUGGUGACCUCAACUUCACUGUGUUGGGAUUCUCCUGUAACCAGUUUGGUCUUCAAGCACCUGAGCUGAAUCAUGAGACCCUAAAUAUUCUGAAAUAUGUCAGGCCUGGAGGGGGGUUUGUCCCAAACUUCCCAGUCUUUGGGAGAGUCGAAGUGAACGGAUUAAAUGAAGAGCCUCUGUUCACCUAUCUAAAGGAGUCUUUGCCAUUUGUCAACACUCUUAUUGGCGACAUAAAGAAAUUCUACUGGUCUCCAAUUAGCGUCAACGACAUUCGAUGGAACUUUGAGAAGUUCCUAAUUACCUCUGAUGGCGUCCCCUUCAGAAGGUACGAACUUCAGUGCCCCAUGGAGAAGGUGGAGAAGGACAUUGCACAACUUGUCUAAAGGAUCUUCUUUAAUUUCUUGCCGGUGGCAGAGUGACGAUCCCCCAGUAAAUGCCCACGUGCACCUGAGCUGGAUCUGAUGACACAGGGAGCAGCGCUCAGAGCUUUGGUGCAUUCACUCUGACAGAAAGCUCCCUGAAGCCACUGGAGACGUUUUUAUCAUCAUAUUAUCUCUUUAACAACACUCCAAAAUAAAUGUGAAGAAAUCAUUC